GACCGCUUGUCGAUUCAUCAUAGCAGCCGUGACGAUCGACACAAGGCUCUCGUUGCCCUGGCAACUGCUCCUGUCUGUUGGACAGCUCUGGGCGGACUUCAAUGGGCCCGGCGGCGUGCGUCAUCCCGCAUUCUCCAUCUUCCUCCAGGGUGUCGUGCUGGGCUUGACACUUCUGGGGUCUCAUACCCUGGAGACGUGCGUGCGGUCAAACAUCCGUGCACAGUUCCAUUGCUCAGAUGCCGAGUCUUUGAUGUUCAGCUUCCGCCGGAUGCUACGGGGGAUAUGCGAUGGGGAGGUCCUGUUGGACAGCAACCUCCGAAUUCACAGUGUUUCGGACUGCCUGAAGCACCUACUGAUGACGAGCACGAACUUGCAUGGCAAGUCGUUUCAGCAGCUGCUUCACCCCGCCGAUCUCCAGAAGUUCCGCCAAUUUAUGGAGACCUCUGCAGCAAGCACGGCGCAGAAUGACAGUAUGCCCCCUUGCCUGCGUGUGUCUUUGCUGGGCGCAGCGAACACCAGGAUUCCCGUGGACUUGUACCAC